GGCGGGGCUUUGUCAGACCUCAGAGCCGAGCGCCGAGCACCAUUAUUCAGCAGGUCGGGGAAGCCGGGAAACAUGUUCCGUAACCAGUAUGACAACGAUGUGACGGUGUGGAGCCCCCAGGGCCGGAUCCACCAGAUCGAGUAUGCCAUGGAAGCCGUAAAGCAGGGCUCCGCCACCGUGGGCCUGAAGUCCAAGACUCACGCCGUCCUGGUGGCCUUAAAGAGAGCUCAGUCUGAACUGGCCGCACAUCAGAAGAAGAUCCUGAACGUGGACAACCACGUGGGCAUCUCCAUCGCCGGCCUCACCGCGGACGCCCGUCUCUUGUGUAACUUCAUGCGUCAGGAGUGUCUGGAUUCGCGGUUCGUCUUUGACCGUCCUCUGCCGGUGUCGCGCCUUGUCUCUCUGAUCGGAAGCAAAACCCAAAUUCCGACCCAGCGUUACGGGCGCAGACCUUAUGGAGUGGGACUUCUCAUCGCAGGAUAUGACGACAUGGGGCCGCACAUAUUCCAGACCUGCCCCUCUGCAAACUACUUUGACUGUAAAGCGAUGUCUAUCGGAGCUCGGUCACAGUCGGCGCGCACCUACCUGGAGAGACACAUGUCAGAGUUCAGUGACUGUAAUCUGAACGAGUUGGUUAAACACGGGCUUCGUGCAUUGAGGGAGACUCUUCCUGCAGAGCAAGAUCUGACGACAAAGAACGUUUCCAUCGGCAUUGUGGGUAAAGAGCUGGAGUUCACGAUCUACGAUGAUGAUGAAGUCGCUUCGUUCCUGGAAGGAUUAGAGGAGCGGCCACAGAGGAAGGUGGCGGCACCAGCAGAGGAUCCGGUGGAUAAGCCCGAGGAGCCCAUGGAGCACUAGAUUUAGGAUUAUUUUUAUACGUAUGUUUUCCGCAGCGGCCGCCUUCGUUCAGCCCCGGCGCGAUCUGCAUGGUGGGGGAGCGGCGUCUUUCUGUAAUUCCACAUUGUUACUAAACCAAUAAAGAAACAUUUUUUUCUU